CUGGGAUGAAUGGGAAGUAGAAAGGACUUAUAUUUGUUAUUUUGACAUCGGCAUUGAGCAAUUUCGGAAGAUUUUCGGUGGAGUUGGUACAAGAGACAUUACCUUGCUCUCCUCUAUUCGUCUGCUACAGUGCUAGUGCUACUAUUCCAGUGUUUAGAUGCCUGGAUUCUAAUGGAAGGCUGAACUCCCUGGGCUGAAGCAUCCAAUAAAAGCUCCAACAAACGAGGAUUGGUUGCGUUCCGAAAUUUGGUACCACUACCAGACUUGAACAUCGAGAAGAACGACCUGAUUAACCUUUUUACGAGUGAAAAUUCUGACAGAAGGUUGUGACAUGAUGACGUCUGUUGCAACAAGUGGGUAUGCAGUCCUAUGUCGGGUGUGUGGAGACAAGGCCUCUGGGUUCCACUAUGGUGUACAUGCAUGUGAAGGGUGUAAGGGUUUCUUUCGACGGAGCAUCCAGCACAACGUGAAGUACAGGGUAUGUAGCAAGGGAGACGAGUGUCUCAUCAUGAGAAUAAACAGGAACCGAUGCCAGUACUGUCGCCUCAAGAAGUGCCUUGCAGUGGGGAUGUCCAAAGAUGCUGUGCGACUUGGCAGAUGCCCCAAGAAGUGCAAGCCCCAGGGUCUGUUGAUGCCCUCCCCGCCCCGCUCCCCUGCAGGAGAUGGAGACACCAGCACCCUGGAGGACUCUCAGAUGAAGACCGAGCAGCUCAUACUAAGCAUCCAUGAAGCACAGAAGAAGACCUUAUGGGAUUGGGGCAUCCUACAGUGCAGGAGUUAUAACCUUCUAUCACAGGUUUCAGACAACAACAACAAUAACGGCGACAGCAUCCUGGCAACUCGUUCCAAAAUCAUCAACAACCUCAUCACAAACAACUUCACCGCGUCCAUCACCCGCAUCAUCAGCUUCGCCAAACUCGUCCCAGGUUUCCUGACGCUGGACAAGUCGGACCAGAUCACGCUACUCAAGCAGGGCUCGCUUGAGAUCCUCCUGGUGCGGCUCGCACACUAUCUCAACACCAAAGAAGAGGGCGCCAAACUGAUCGAGAGCUGCGGGUCGGCUUGCCAGAUGCUGGAGGAGUGCGGCCUGACGUCGCUCAAGGAGAUCAUGCUGGACGUGGUGGACUUUGCGCACAAGUUCAAGUCGUUAGGGAUCGUGACGAGCGAGGUUGGACUCUUUACCGCAAUCAUUCUCCUUAGUGCAGAUCGUCCAGGUCUGAAGUACCCUCAGCAGAUAGAACCGCUCCAGCUUCAGGUCAUACAGGCCCUCCAGUCCCAGGUCAUGCACAACCAUCCCAACGACCGGUCCGUGUUCCCUCGUCUGGUCACCAGGCUCUCAGACGUCAGGCAAUUCAGCGUCAUCAACUCGGACAAGAUGCUCAAUAUCUUUGACGCGGGAAAAUGAGGCAAGCGCUGCUCUCGCUUGAGUUCGAGGAACAAUCAUGCCAAUUAUGAAAGACAAUGGGAAAUUUGAAAAGAGACUUCAUGAAGAGUCGACUGCCCUUCUUUCUGCUUGGACUAUAGAAGGCAAUCGUAGAGGCGUUAUCGGAGGAUGUUUUUGUUGAUGGCAUCAUGUCCCUGAACUACGGGAUCAAAUGCACAGACAGGUAAAAGAUGCUGUUUUUAGCAACGUUUCCUGGAAAAACUUGUGUGAAGUAUAUAAAUCUACACUAUCGUGAAAGGGCCUCACGUUUUUGUCUUCACCACCUCUCUGUUCCUCCUCUUGACUCUGAAGAUCAUUGUGUGAUAAUUUCCUUCCAAAGCUGCAGAAGGAAGGAAAACAAUCCACAAACAACCUGCUUCAUAAUGUGUGAAUAUUUAUGUUAUAAUCUAUGAAAAGAUAUGAUGCACUUCUCUCCUGUCAGCUACUUUGUCCAUUGUCACACGGAAUGUCCAUUUGUAUUAUCCCUUGUGUCAAUUUAAUUUGAGCAUAUUCCAAGUAUUUUGAUUCAUAUUGAACCUUAGGCAAUCAUGAGGUUAUGGUGAUGUUCCUCUCUGAAGAUAAUGUCCUUACUGCUUUAUUACUUGCUUUCGUGUUUACUACAAGCUAUAAGCCUAAGGGCAAUAACUCAUAUUAUUUUUCAUACAGAGUUAAUACCUUUCUGGCUCUCAACAGAUUAUUCAUUUUAUCGCAAUAUCUAAUGUGUUCUUUGCAUGUGACUUUCCAAUGCAGCAAAAAUAAUUUCAAUUAGCAAAAUCAUAUCUAUUGAAGACCAAAGAAAGACUCCGCCCUUCCCUUCUAAAAACAUCUCAAAUAAAUCAAUAAAAAAUCUUGUAUCAAAUGCUGAGAGCUGGAACCCUCAGUAUGAAUUACAGGGUGGUUUUAAAAAAAAUCCUGUCCAGGAAGCUAUAUGUAAGGUUAUAAAAUCAUUAUUAUAUAUUAUUUGCUGUUUAAUUCAACUAAGUCAAUGUCAGUGUUUUAAGCAAAGCCUCAUAAUUUUAUGUACCUGUUUAAAUUGCUCAAGUUUCUUUUGGGACAUCUUCUUCCAAUCUUUAAGUGCUGCUGUACCCCUGUCUCUUAACUGAAGGGACCUUGUGUAAAAGGGACCAGUCUCCCUAUCUAUCUAUCCAUCCAUCCAUCUAUCUAUCCAUCCAUCAUCUAUCUUUCUUCCUAUUUAUCUAUCUUCCAUUUUAUUUAUUAAUCUAUUUAUCUAUCCACCUCUCCAUCUAUCUACCAGUCCAUCUAUCCACCUAUCUAUUCAUCUACUGAUCUUUCUAUUUGUCUAUCUUCCAAUUUGUUUAUCUAUCGAUUAACCUAUCUGUUUGUUUGUUUAUCUAUCUAUCUGUCUGUUUAUCUAUGUCCCAUCAUAGCUUGGGGCCGCUGAGGCAACAGCAUGUUUCAUAUCGACUCUUGAGGCACAGGUUCUCCUCCAUAGAUUUCUGUCUUCAUCUGAAUUAUGUAAAUGUACAUAAAUCUACCCUCUUUUCCUUUGACAACAGAUCAGCAAAAGUUCUAUUUUCUAGCAAUGAAAGUAGAUAUUUCUGGUUAGCUUCUUUUAUAACCCCCCCCCCCCCCCAAUUAUUCUAUUCCAAUUUUUAGAACAUUGCUCGAGAAAACAUGUUUCUCAUGGAUUUUGAAGUUUGAAAGUAUUUACUUCAGUUACAAAAUAAACUAGCCAUUACACUGAUCUGUACAUACCUCAAGCUAGAAAGAACACAAUAGGACACAUUACUUUGUGAGUAAAUCAUAGUAUUGUAAUUUAUAAGGAUGCUGAUAUGCCCUUUUGUCAUGUAUGUGUGAAUUUGCAUCAAUCAUGUGCACUUGAACGUUGACACAAAAUGUAUAUCUUGCAACAAUUUUGCCAGAGAUGAUUGGAACUUCUAAAUCGAAAAAUAGCAACGGAAGCAAACAUCCUAAAGCUUUUCAUCUUGCCCUCAUUAGAGUAAGUCACAAAAAUGAACAGAAAGUAAAUAAUGGCCUUACAUCUUCUUUCUGUCGGCCAAUCACAGCCCAAGUAUCUUUUGUGCGCUUGUUCCUGUAGCUUUCGCUUAUAUUGCCUGAUUUCGGCUUUCUGUUCAUUCUUGCGAUUGACACUGAUGAAGGCAAGACAAAAAACUUAAGUAUGUCUGUUUUUGUUGCUAUUUUUCAAUUUUGCCAGAGUGCGUUGUGUAUAAACUGCAUCAUUAAUUGUGACACACUAGUUCCUUAAUAGUUUUACCUGUGUGGAUUGUAGAAUCCAUAUUCAAGUAUGUGGAAUAUGUGAUAUGAUAGCAUGCGGUCACCUCGUAUGGAUGCCUGAGAGAUUGGUUUCUAAAACAAAAGCAAAACCAUGACUUCUUAGCCAUAUGUAGUGAAAUUCUCUUGAUUUAGUCUGCUGAGAGUCAGAAGGCUUUAACUCAUAUCAUUUCCCACAGUUAACACCCUUUGAGCUCUCACCAUGUGAUUGGUCUGAUACAUGAGUGGUAUGAAGGUUGCAUUUUAGUUUCUAUUUUCUGCUCCUGAAAAGUAUUCUGAUAUGUUAGAAUAUGUUACUGCUGUCUGGUCGGAGCCAGAAGGAUGUUAACCCAUAUCCUUGAACACAGAGAUAACACCCUUCUUGCACCAAGCAUACAAUGUCUAAGGAUAUGCAAUCAUGCUCCUUCAUACUUAUUCUGUACUUACCCACUUGCUGAAUUCCUGUUUUCACCAGUACCAAAUUAUGCCUCUUCAAGGAAAACAAACAAUUCUGUUCAGAGCUAAAGGGGCAUUAAUCCUCCUCUGUAAAAGUAUCUGAGUUAAUGCCCUUCUGGCUCCAAACAGACAAAACAUCAAGUGUGUGCAAUAGAAAUAGUAAAUUAAAUCAUAGUAGGUAGUUUUUCUUCUUUUAUACUCAUUCACAUUUUUCUUUCUUGAAAAUUUACAUUUAUUACCCUGUUGUUUCUAUCUAAGCUGAUAAAUAUUUAAAUGAACGAUGAUGUCAACAGGGUGCAAUAGGUAUCCAUAAAAUCAAAGAAUUCAACUACAUGAACAAAGAGGGGGGGGGGGGGGGGGUGGAGAUGAUGAACUAUUAUAUAUCAAAUUUACUUGAGAGAAUUUGAGAGAAUUGUGGUGAUAUGUGCUUUAGUGAAUGCUACGUUGUUUUGUGUGACUUUGCAAAUAACUGUUCAUGAAUGCUUUAUAGACAGUCCUAAUUUCCUAAACUAUUAUAAGUGUCAUGUCGAAAGAUAUAAUAAUUCUUGUGCACGUGGCCUAUUAUGUGAAUGUAUUAUGAAAUCGUGUAAGUUGUAUCUUUUCAGAAUUGUACAGCAGAUUAUAUAUUAUUAAAAUGGCACAUAAACAAUUUAA